AUGUCAGUUAAAGUUAAUAUCGGAAACCUGAGCCUCAGGAUUAAAACAACUCCUAUCACGCAAGAGGACUUCGCGCCUUUUGGAGAUGUAGUUUCGAACCCUCGAGCUGGCCUUCUCCCGUCUAAAUACGCACCCCAAGGCGGUCAAUUGCCAUACAGCGGCGCAUCGGCCAACCAAGGAACAGCAAUUCGCUACGCCGACGUUAGCAAACCUCAGGAUCUCUUGUCGCAAGCCCCUAGUAGCAAUGGCAAAUUGAUCAUGAGUCAGUUCGUCUGCGAAGCCCGAAGCUUGGAGCCCGCCAGCGACGACCCUACCCAAGACGAGUUCUCUGUCAAUAUCCUCGAGCGUCACCCAUUCACCUCGCAGACGUUUGCUCCACUGGCCUCUACCGCUUCGAGCUACCUGAUCGUUGUAGCGCCGUCUCUGCCCCCGUCUCCCCAGGAUGAGGGUCUCCCCGUGCCAAGCGGUAGUGGACUCCCUGGCAGAGGUCUACCUGACCUAAAGGGCUUGCGCGCCUUUACUGCGACAGACCGCCAGGCCGUGACUUAUGCAGCUGGAACGUGGCAUGCCCCGAUGGUGGCACUGGGCGAGAAGGAGACUACGUUGGAUUUCCUGGUCGUUCAGUUCUCCAGUGGCGUCGAUAUUCAAGACUGCCAGAUCGUCACGUUCGAGGGUCAAGACUCCAAGGAGCCCGAUAUCAAAGUGCGUCUUCCGCGGCGCGGAAGAUUUACCGCGAAGCUGUAG